AUGUCCGCGGUCGCAGCAGACACCGCAUAUCAGGCGCGUUCACUGUAUCGCUCGCUCCUCCGCCAGGCCCGUCAGUUCGCCGCCUACAACUUCCGCGAGUAUGCGUUACGCCGGACGAAAGAUGCUUUCCACGACAAUCGGCGCCUGACCGAUUCGCGGGAGAUACAAGAUGCCAUAUCGAAGGGUCUGAAGGAGUUGCAGGUUCUGAAGAGACAAACCGUCGUCAGCCAGUUCUACCAACUUGAUCGGUUAGUGGUGGAAGGCGGCAAGACCGGCAAGCAGACUGGCAGAGAAGGCGGAAUUGUCAGGCAGAAGGAUACUGGCUGGGACUAG